AUAAGACACAUUUGCAGGAAGACAUAGAAGACGGAGGUGUUACAAAGAAGAGAAUUUUGAGAUUAUGUAUAAUUAUGAUGAAACCACAGCCUUCCUGGGUCACUGGGGACUUUUCCAGCAGAUUGUCUUCUUCCUGCUCUGUGCCAGCACCAUCCCCAAUGGAUCCGGAGUUUUAUCCAUCGUCUUCGUGGCUGACAUUCCCAGUCACCACUGCAUGAUUCCAGAGGUGAACGUGACCCAAGACUGGCUGAAUGUCAUCAUCCCAAUAAAGGUGGUGAAUGGGAAACAGGAGCUGAGCAGAUGCAGCAGAUACAGGCUAGAUGUGGUCAGGAAUCUCUCUGCUCAGGGACUCAUUCCUGGCAGAGACGUCAACCUCACGGACCUGGAGCAGGAGGGAUGUGUGCAUGGGUGGAGCUACAGCAGAGACAUCUACCAGUCCACCAUAGUCUCUGAGUUUGACCUGGUGUGUAGUGAGCAGUGGAAGCAGCCAUUCACGUCCACACUUUACUUUCUAGGAGUUCUUGUUGGAUCCUUCUUCUCAGGACAGCUUUCAGACAGAUAUGGAAGGAAGCCUGUAUUUUUUGCAACCAUGGCAUGUCAGACAAUUUUUACCUUUGCUCAAGUCUUCUCCCCUACAUGGACGGUGUUCUCCAUCCUCCUCUUUUUCAGUGGUUUGGGACAGAUCGGCAACUACAUAUCUGCUUUCGUGCUGGGAACGGAGAUCUUGACUGGCAAUGUGCGGGUCCUGUUUUCAUCACUGGGUGUGUGUCUGUGUUUUGCAAUGGGCUACAUGAUGCUCCCACUCAUGGCUUACUUUUUAACGGACUGGAAAUCUCUGCUGUUGGCUAUUGCUCUAUCUGGCCUGCUCUAUAUCCCUCUCUGGUGGUUCAUUCCAGAGUCUCCUCGGUGGUUGCUCUCUCAGGGAAGAGUGGAGGAGGCUGAGGCCAUAAUUAGAAAUGCUGCAAAGAAGAACAAAGUUGAGGCCCCACAGAUCAUCUUUCAAAACUACAGUCGUGGUGAGAAAAAGACACCAUCUACAAAAGAGGAACGGCACAGUGUCUUUGAUCUGAUAAGAUCCAGCAACAUCAGAGCCACAACACUCAUUCUCUGCAUGGUGUGGUUCACUAUUGUUAUUGGAUAUUAUGGCCUGUCCCUGAACUCAUCACAACUCAGUGCUGACCCCUAUAUCAGCUGUUUUAUCUCAGCAGCUGUAGAGGUGCCGGGGUACAUUUCAAGCUGGUUGGCACUGCAGUACUUUCCACGGCGACCUUCUACCAGCUGUGCGAUGCUCCUGGGGGGAGUGUCCCUGUUCUUCAUUCAGCUGGUGCCUGAAAAUUUACCAGAGUUGUCUGUUGCCCUGGAGAUGCUGGGUAAAUAUGGCUUCACCACCAGUGCCUCCAUGAUAUUUGCCUACACAGCAGAGCUUUACCCAACAGUGCUCAGGAACACAGCGACAGGGACAUGCGCUACAUUUUCCAGAGUGGGCUCCUGCAUUGUACCUUUUUUGUUUCAGCUAAGAGUAUACUUUAAGUACCUGCCAUAUAUUAUACUGGGGACUCUGGGCGUUGUGUCGGCCUUUGCCAUACUCUUCCUACCAGAGAGUUUCGGCCGACCUCUACCUGAAACUAUUCAACAGAUGCAUAAGAGAGAAAGGGUGAAGUGUCCCUGCAUCACUCGAAAAGGGACACCAGAGCCUGUGGUGAUUUUGGAAAGUCAACUGUGAUUUAUUAAUACAUGAUUUAAAUU